AUGGAAAAUUCUGGUUCCGAUGAUAAAGAAGAUGAAUCUGCUGCCCGGCGCAGAAGGCAGAUGGCCCGAUUGCUCCGGGAAGAAGAUUUCUAUCAAUUUGUAAAUAAUCUGAGUGAAGAAGAUUACAAGCUUAUGAGGGAUAACAAUUUGCUAGGCAUCCCAGGUGAAACUACAUUAGAAGAGUUGCUGAGGAGACUUCAACGAAUUAAAGACAACCUAGCACAAAAUUCAGAUGAAAAUAGAGGUGGAAGAGAUUCUUCUAACAGUGUAUCUAGUAGUGACUCUCUAUUAGAAUGGCUUAACUUUUCCGAGCAAACUGAAAAUGUGACAAGUGAGGAAAGUGAAAACCAAUCUUGGGAAGAAUCGAGCCGGAUUAAUUCAAACAGUGAUGAUUCCAGAUUCAAUUCAGAAAUAAAUUUUAACCUUGAUAAUGGGAGCCCAAAUCUAGAGAACCUAUAUGUACCAUCUACAAGACUUACCAGAGGAGACAAUAUGGAAAACAGCCAAAGGCAAGUGGAAAAUCCACAAUCUGAAUCAACAUUUAUAAGACCACCUAGAUCAGAACAAAGUACAACUGAAGCAUUAAUAGAAGUCCCAGUUACCAGAGUUCGGCGAAGAGCAAGAAGCAGGAGCCCAGAGCAUCGGAGAACCAGAGCAAGAACUCAAAGUAGUUCAGCUCCAAAUUCAAUGAAUGAAUGUUUACUAAGAUUUCAUCAGAAUAUAUCACCUGAGACUUUUGAGUACCUUCAGGUAAAUGAGGCUGACAUAUUUUCUAGAAUUCAGCAACAAGGAACAACAUCAAGACAGCAAAUAACUGGACCUGAGCUGCAAAAUAGCGACCUUUUAACGACUUCUGGAACAAGGAGUGCUAUUGAAGAAGAAAGUUGGUCAGACACAACCAGUGAUGAUGAAUCUUGGGAAUUGGAACAGAUAAAUCCAAUCAUACCAUUUCAUCUUGAAGUAGGAGUAGUUCAUCCUGGGGCAUAUUCUCAUAGAGAUGAGAGAGCUAGCAGAACUCCAUUAAUAUCUGAGACACCAAACAACACUGUCAUUUUACAAAGUGAACAAGGAGGAUUUGGGCACAUGUUUCCAUAUUUUGAGGAGACAGAAGAAAGAAUUUAUGUCAGUACCAUCAGAAUUCCCAUUCAUAGCAUUUUAAAUACUGAUUUAAAUGAUACAACAUCUGUUACAAUUCAGAGCACAUUUACAGAGACAGUGACAGUAUUUAGUGACUCAAGUGACUUCAUGGACAGUGACAGUGAUUUAGUGUACAGUGUCUCACCCUCAAGUCAAAACAUGGAAAGGGCAGAGUCACCAAAUGAAAGAGAUGGUUCUGAUGGUAGGACUAGUUCUGAUUUCCAUCCAAUAUUUGCAUUGAUUUCUAGUUCAAAUUCCAGCUAUGUGUCUAGUUUCAAUUCUAGUCCUAUUUUCAGUUCCAGCUCCAGUGAUGAAAAUUCAGCAAUUAGUUCAAUAAUGUUUGAAGGCAGUAAUGAAAUAAGGACACCAUCAGGCUCACCAUCAGAAAGCAGGCAAGAAAGUACAUCUAUGAGCUCAAUAACAUUUAAUGAUAGUGACUCUUGGGCCUCUCUUAAUCUGGACCACUUUUUCGUCUUGAAUGAAGACAAUCACGACCAACCUACAGGACUCACCAAAGCACAAAUUGACAACCUGGCUGUAAGAUCUUUUGGUGAAAGUGGUGCAUUAAAAGCCUGUAGCAUUUGCAUCACAGAGUACAUAGAAGGCAACAGACUUCGCAUCCUACCUUGCUCCCAUGAAUUCCAUGUCCACUGUAUCGAUCACUGGCUGUCAGAGAACUCCACCUGUCCUAUUUGUCGUGGGCAAGUAGUGGAUUCUGGUGAAAAAGAAAAUUCUAAUUGA